AUGCACAAGCAGUUGUAUAAAAAGCACACGACGUAUGGGAGAUCCGAUAUUAAGUAUUGGCCAGUUGCCAAGCCUACACAGGAUCUUAUAGAGAAGUGUGAGUUACAUACGGAAGAGAAAUUGAAGCUUUAUUGUGAGGACCAUGAACAGAUCUGCUGCAACACUUGUGUCUCGUUGAACCAUCGCCAAUGCACUACAGUUUAUCUUAUACAAGAUGCAGUGAAGACGCAGUCGUUUGCAGACUUACACCAGCUUUUCGCUGAAAUCAACACGAUUCUACAACAAUUUACACAGCUCCUAAAGAGUGGAGAGGCAAACCUAACGUCCAUGCAUGAAUCAUAUAAGAAAAGCGCCCAGGACAUAUAUAAUUUCCGCCAGAAAAUAAAUACAGCUUUAGACGAGCUUGAGACGAUGACAACAACGAAUCUGGAUGUUGCCAUGAUAACCUUAGAGUCAGACCUUAAAACAGGCAUUGAUAACUGCAAUACAGGCGUGUUGCAGUUUGUCACUGUCGACAAAGGCAUACUUGUCAAAGACAAGACUCUACUGCUUAAACAUCCAUGUAUUAGUAUCUGCCAUCGACAUAGUGAGCUGUAUAUCACGUCUAGGACGGCGCUUUACAAAUACGAUUUGAGAGGGAAACAGCUGAAGAGAUUGUAUGAAGAAUCAUCCAGUUUAAAUUCAGUAUUUACGUGUGCUAUUUCCAAUAACGGUGACAAGAUCUUCGUCAUCAAUCGAAAGGAUAACAAGCUGCUCACACUUGCAAAUGAUGGGACCGUGCUCUUCGAGUUCUCAGACCCAGCACUAAAAUGUCCGUGGGGUGUACAUGUAACAUCUGCAGAACAAGUGCUGGUGUGCUGUCAGGGAACCAAUACUAUCAUGCAGGUGCACAGAGAUGGGAAGAGGAAAAUUGCUACUAUGUCAUUAGAGGCUGAUGGAUUCAAAGCACCCUUAUCAGUCUUCUACAACAUGAAAUCAGCAUCUGUCGUUGUAGGACUUGGAUCCAGCCCUUCUAUUGUCGUUUUAAAGGUUACAUGA